UCUGAUCUGCUGGUGUUGGUCUAUACAGUCACAGUCAGACGUUAAGCGUGAAGAGGGCAGUUGAGGUACGAACAAAGGUCUAUUGGGGACUGCAAAGUGAAGACAGUUUCCUACACAUCAGCAAUCUGUGUUAAAUCAAAACUUGAGGAUCACCUGAAAUCACCCAUUGCCCCAGUGACAAGGUGCAAAAAAUGCAUCUGGGUCAGCAGAACCCCGUGGUGGAUGGCAUAUCCUUAAAGGAGCUGGGGGACAGUGUGCUGGUGGAGAUAGAGCCUCGAAGGAAAGGACUGCCAUUUCUCAAACAUGUGGAGUACCGUAUUGUUAGCAAGUGUUUCCAGAUCCCGGUUCAGCGUAGGUACAGUGAUUUUGAGGUGUUCCAUGGUCUGCUGCUGCAAAAGUUCAUCUACAGGAUGGUCCCGCCUCUGCCCCCCAAACGCAUCCUUAAAGGCGUUUUGAACUCAAUAUCAGACCGAGAGUUUAAUGAUAGUCGCCGCCGUGGUCUACAAAGGUUCAUGGCGUUGGUGAUUAGACAUCCAGUCCUAGCAGGAGAUGAGUUGGUCAGCAUCUUUCUGUCAGCAAGCAGCGCUGAUGUUCAAAACAUGCUGCGUGAUGCGUAUAAAAAGAUAGGUGAUGAGUUUCUGACCUCCCAAAUGGCCUUGCACGGCAAGGUGUACCUACCUGAGGACAUACAGACCCACGCUGCCACUAAUCGAGAGGUCAUUGCAAAUAUCCACAGCAGUUUCAACAAACUCAGAGAUGUAGCUGAGCGGAUGGCUCAGCGCUCACGGGAAAACUCAACCGAUCUGCUUAUGUUUGGCAAAGACCUGAGUGAACUGGGCUCAGACACAUCAGACCUGCCAGUGAAUGCCACAAUGAGCAAAGCAUGGAAAACACAGAGGAAGUCACUUGUAGAGCUGUCAGGAGAAUUUGAUCUUCUUGCCGACAAAGCUGCACACCAGGGCAGCAGAGAGGAGGAUGAGGUGGUGGAGAAACUGAACCUUCUCCUUGAACAGCUGCAGUCGUAUAAAGACUUGUGUGUUCGUCACGACAGCGGUGUGUUACUAGAGCAUCAGAGAGCAUUUGAAAAGCGCAGCGGGCCUGUGGCUAAACACUUAAAGUACCAGAACAGCUUUGAGCAGCCAGAGUCUCGACUCACACAGCAGGAGAACACGAUUAUCACAAUGGAGAUGAGGAGAUAUUUCUCCUUUUUGUGUCUGCAUCAAGAAACCCAGCUGGUCUUCACCUAUCUGCCGCUUGUGACUUCAAUACUGGGGACAUUUGUCCACUCACAAAUACAAGGACACAAAGAGAUGGGUGAUGUGUGGGGUGACCUUCAUCCAAAACUGAAGGAUCUAUUUGAGAGUGCUAAUGCAGCAUCCUCUCGCUCUUCUUCUCAAAAACACACAUCCAGAGGACAGAAGACCUGUGCCAUCAUUGGUCCUGCAUAACCAGGACAGCAAAUAUGAGGGAAAUUGACAGCCUUUUCUCAGUACCCAAUAACUGUGUACUGCUUCAUGCCAUGUGUUUUCCUUUCUCUUGACUAUACAUGCUUUAACACCUUUCUUCAUGACUUUUCCACAGUGGCCUCAAAACAUAUUUGAACAUACAAAGCACAACUAAACAUUUCAUUAGAUACAAAAUUUAAAACGGUAUGCUGAUAAAUGAUGCAACUAACUGCAUUUUUGUUAACCAUUUUUGCACAUACUUUUAAUCAGGAUUAUUGUAGUUAACU